GUUCUGAAUUUUUAUUUUGUCUCCUGCACCUCUUUCUACUUGUUACGUUAACCAACUCAGAAAUUACCUUUACAAUUACAAAGUUUUAAUUCUUAAAUUUUAAAAAUAAGUCUAUUCUUAUUUUAUUAAUAUUCCCAAAAAGGGAUUAAGAAAUAAUAAUGUUAAUCCUUAAACUUUUAUAUCUAGUAGUUUUUAUUAAAUUGGUAGUGGCUAAUAUAGAAGAAUUUCAAGAUGAUGGUUUUACGGAAUUUGAUGAAUUUGAAGAACCAGAUCCCAAUUUUUUUCAAGAGAAUGAAUUUGUAGAAAGAAGCUACCAAGACAAGGCAUAUUCCCAAGAUUCUAGUUCUCAAGAGGAAAAUCAACCAGAUAUAGAGAUUGAAAUUGAACAUGACGAGGAGAAUGAAAUUGAGACUAAUACAGACAUUGAUUCUGAAUUUGAGCACUUCCAAGAUGCCGAUGAGUUUGAAGGUUUUGAGGAAAAAGAAGACGACAAACCUUUAACGGAACCAAAAAUCACAAUUGCAAAAAUUCCAGUGAACUUCAUUUACAAGUGGGAAAGCUACUACCUUGAAAUGUUGAUGGUCGCUGGUCUUCUCGCCUAUUUUAUCAAUUUCGCAUUGGGCAGAACCAAAAAUACAAAAAUAGCUACAACAUGGUUUCAAACACACAGACAACUUUUGGAAGAAAAUUUUGCUAUGGUAGGUGAUGAUGGAGGCCAAGAACGAGGUGAUCAUGUGCUAAUUAAAGAAAGCGAAAAUGUCUUUACUCUCUGGUGUAGUGGAAGGACUUGCUGUGAAGGCAUGUUAGUAGAACUAAGACUCAUCAAGCGUCAUGAUUUAGUGGCUCUUAUAGCAAACGCAGUACGACCGACGGUGGACCAAGUACAUAUUACUGUAAGAAUGAAUAAGGAUGAUAUGGAUAGCUUUGUGUUCGCAGUGGCUAGCAAAAAAACUGCUAUCCUAAUGUCCAGAGAUUUGCAGGAUAUCAGUGUAUAUUGCCCUGAUAGAAAGCCUGGCGAUAAAUUUAAUCUACCAGCCGGGUUUCAAGUCAUGUCAGAGAUCGGAGAAGUGGCUGCUGCCUUUUUAGAUUUGAAGAUCACAGCCAUUCUGAACAAAUAUACUGAAUAUAUAGAUUAUAUUCAUUUAUCAGAUCAAUAUUCAGGUAUAAAACCAAGUGAUGAUGCCAAUCCUCCUACUAGGCCUGUUGACAAGGACAAGGUACUUAGAUUUGGUUUUAAUCUCUCAACCAAAGGCAUGGGUUUAGAGGAAGUAAUGACAAAAAUAAAGCCUUUAAUGAGUAUGGUAUUCUAUUGUAUAGAUAAAACCAAGCGCUAUCGUUUGUCUAAAGAAGGUAAAACUAAGGCAGAUAAGAAUAGACAAAGGGUGGAAGAAGCAUUUCUGAAAUCUACUCACCAGGCUCGAGCAGAGGCGGCUGCCGCGAAACGCGAGGAAAAAAGAAAGUUAGAGAAGGAAAAGGUGCUGGCUGAGGAGGAUCCUGAAAAGCAGAGACGCUGGGAGCUAAAAGAAGAAAAAAGACAAGCAAAGAAACGAGCUCCUAGAAUGAGGCAGCUCAAGGUUAAAGCUCUGUAAACGUGCAUUAAGUAUUUUUAAGAGAAAUGUGUUUUGAAGUUUUAGCAAUUUGCCGUUUACAGGAAAAAUAUAAUCAUCCUGCGAAACGCAUUACUUGAUUACAAAGAUUUGAACAAUAAAGCAUUUUCAAUGUGAAA